ACAGUUGUCUGAGUUGUAGUGUGUUAAACACACACAGCUGAUAAUUAUCGAUUCUUCUGUUUACAUUUAAUUGCAAAUGUUCAGCACACCACGAUUAUAUUAGAUUUAGAUCUUCUUCGUUUACAGAAAAAAAUGGGAUGUUGUGCUUCUCAGGUUGCUUGUUGCUGUGGACCGGCAUCCUGUGCUCUGUGCUGCAAUUUUCUUCCUCCCAUAAAUGAAUCAACAGGCACACGCAUUAUGUACUCCUUACUUUUUACAUUCACAUUCAUCAUACAAUGUGUCAUGCAAAUUCCCAAUUUGCAGUAUUUUAUUGAAAAACAUGCUGUUAACAUCUCAGAAAUCUGUGUGCUAUCAUUAUCAAACAGCGGCUGUGCUCAGCUGGUGGGCUAUACAGCAGUAUACAGAAUAGGCUUAGCUGUGACAACCUUUUAUUUUUUGUUAAUGUUGUUAACAGUUUGUGUUCCUUCCAGUAAUCAUUGGAGAGCCAGCAUUCAAAAUGGAUAUUGGAUUUUCAAGCUCAUAUUUUUAUGUGGUUUCAUCAUUGCAGCCUUUGUCAUACCCUCUGAAUUCAGUAUUUAUUGGAUGUAUGUUGGUAUGGUUGGAGGAUUUUUGUUUAUUAUUUUGCAGCUGAUUUUAUUAGUUGAUUUCUGUCAUGCUUGGAAUGCUACAUGGGUUGGCAGAACUCAGGGACGGAGAAACACUUGUGGGACAUGCUGUACAACUGUGGUCUCUUUGUUUGUAUUUGCUCUAGCUGUUGUUGGAAUGGUUUUCUUAUUUCUGUUUUAUGGUGCUUACGGCUGCACUACUAAUCAUAUAUUUCUGGGCAUUAACAUUGGCCUAUGUGUUCUGUUAACAUUCUUGACGAUAUUACCCUGCACAAAGAACCGAAAUCCAAAUGCUGGGCUACUUCAAGCUUCAGUGAUUUGUUUGUAUGUGGUUUAUUUGACCUGGUCAGCACUUACUAGUGAGCCAAUGGAAGAAAUUAAGAACUUUUUAGAUACACUGAAAGUCAAGGCUUCAUCUGUGAUUUCUGGUGACACUCAAUCUUCCACAAGUCGGUCUGUUCUGACCACUACAACUGAAAUUGUACCAAGCCUUAAUUACACCACUAAAUGUCGGCCUGACCCAGCAUUUCCAGAGAGUGAUCGUAUCUCAGCCUAUGUUGGCUUAGUUUUUAUGUUUAUCAUGGCUGUUUAUGGAAGUGUGCGUACAUCUGAUGAUGCUCAUAAAUUAGGAGUAACAACAGAAGGCAAAUCAUGUUUCUGCUGUCUGAUUACAAAAAGAGACAAUCCGUCUGAGCUUGGAGGUCAGAGGGUCAUUCAGAAUGAAUCAUCGCAGGUGGUGUAUUCCUACUCCUUCUUUCACUUUGUCUUCUGUCUGGCAGCUUUAAAUAUCAUGAUGCAGUUGACCAAUUGGUACAGUCCAGCUAUGUCAGAUUUAGACAACUUUGGUCGGAACUGGGCAGCUGUAUGGGUUAAAAUAGCCUCCAGUUGGGUUUGUGUGGCUAUCUAUAUAUGGAGUCUUUUUAUACCCAAGUUUUGUUUUGGAAGAAACCUUUCCUUUCCUGUGGACGAAACAGAUGAAGUGGAUGGAAAAAGAGAUGUGGAAGUAGCUGUUAAAGAGGAUUAUUCUCAAAGAAAACAAAGAGUGAGAUCAAUGUCAGAGCAGUCUGACAGGUCAGCAUCUCAUGGUGCUCUGAAGGAUUUUGGUGGCAGCAGUCAAGCUCUUUCAAAGGGUUCAAAAGAGAAUAUUGCAAUGAAAAAUGUCAAGAAAUCUCAAGAAAAUAUUUCUGGGAUAAAGGGAUCAAAAGAAAACCUGUCCAGAAUGGCAUUGUUAAAAAGUUCAGAAGAAAACUUGUCAAGAAUGGCAUUAUUAAAAGGCUCAGAAGAAAACCUGUCUCGGGCAGUUUUGUUGAAAGGAUCACAGGAAAACUUGAAAAGAAAUGCUAAAACUCCUUCACGUGAAAAACUACACAAUCUUGAUGAAGCUAAUGAAAGAAUUGAAGAACUCGGGGGCAGACGGUUGACUGGUGGAGCCAAAGAAAUUAUUCUAAAUAAAAAACUUGCCAGCAAAGACAGGAGUCAGUCUCAGGAAAAACUAGCAAGCAGCAAAGGUAAAUCUCUCUCACAAUCAUCUCUAUCUGGUCAACAAUCAAAAGCCCGGUCUCAAGUUGUAUAAAGCAACAAUGCAAUUUAGGUGUUUGAUGUUUUUCUUUCUUGUUAAAGUUUGUACAACCUUCUAGUCUAUAAGCUGUGAACUAUUUAUCUGUGUAUUCCUCUACACUGUGUAUUCUAUUCUGUCAUGAUCCUUUUGAUGUGUUACUUUAUACCUCCACACUGUUUAAGCCCAAAGCAGCCCUGUACAUUUUAGAAUCAUGAUAGAAGUCUUUGAAGUCUCCUACAGAGGAAUAUGAUGAUCAUAAUUCAGUGCUCAAAUUAAAUUCCUGCUACUAUAAAUGGGUCCCAACAAAGUUAACAAAGGCACCCAUAUUAUUAAUAGCAUUGUAAAUAUUAUUGUAAAUUGUGUUUAUAUUUGAUGACACUAGAAAACUUGUUAUGAUUGAAAUUGUUGAAAUGUAAUAUUUUAGAUGAAGUCCAAGAUAAACUCUUUCUUCUUUGAGUUACAAGUUAAUACUACCAAUAAAAUUUCUGAAAACUUACUGCAAGUAUUAUAUUAAACUAAUGCAGAUAUAAAUAAUGUUUUAACAAAAAUAAAUUAUAUUAUUAUAAUUAUAGGUUAUAAAUUACAUAUAUUAUAGUUAUGUAUAAAAUCUAUGAUCUUGUUUAAAAUACCCAUCAAGAGAAGCACUGUGUUUAUAGAUACUUAGAUAACAGAAUUAGCAGUGCAGGUACAUAUUAAAGUCUGUAUAAAGACUCAUUAUUUUUAAAGUAAGGCUUCACCAUUAAAUUCACAAGAUCCACUCUAGCACAUAUAAAUUACACAUGGUACCCUAGUUUUUAAUUGCAUAAACUAUAAUAACCACAUAACUCACUUUGUGUUUUUCUGAUAUAUCUUUGUCUUUUGAUAAGACUGUGCAAAAUAAUCUAUAUAACUAAACUUUGAUACUUCAAAUAUAUUUAUUCCUUUGUCCUAAUCAAUUCAAUAUGCACUCAGGCACCAUGUUUGGCAAUAAAUAUUUCUUCCUAAAAGCAUUAGUUUAUGCAUUUUUUUACCUAUAUGUUGUGAAGUAUAAAUAUAUUCCUAUAUUGCUCUGUUUUGUUAAUUAGGAAUAUUAUGUCUGAUUUAUUGAUCAUUCUUUGGAGCUAUUUAAAAUAGUGUGCCAAUGUGCAAGUUUUAUAUUUUCUUUUAUAGCAUAUUAUAUUUCAUUGCAAUUUGUACAAUGUUAUUUCUACAGUACGUUUUCAAGAAUGGAUUAGUUAUUUUAAAUAGUUUCUAUUCUUGUACAAAUAAUUUUCAUGUGGAAACAUUUUUCAUCUUUUUUGGAAUCUUUUUUUUAUUCAAAUAGAAUUGUACAAUUAUCAUUUUAUUGUAAAUGUUGAAUAAGUGUUUGUAUCUAUACUAUAGAUAAAAAAUAGAUAAAAAUGCAACUUUUUAUUUUCUAUAUUUCAGCCUUUGAACCAUGCUGCCUUUUUUUUUUAUAAAUAAUUUUUACAUAUUUUUUUUUUGUUAACUUGCUUUUUUUAUGUGUAUAUUUUCACUUUGUUACAGCCUUGAUAUGAAUGGGAAAAUUUGUUGACAUUUAGCCCAUGUUCUCACAUAAAAAAAAAAAUAAUUUGGCUCAAAAUUUCAUCAUGAUCUGAGUUUCUUGUGUUAAAUUAUCUUGCAGUUCUUUUGUACCUUUUGCCUAUUAGAUCAGUCCAACUCUUGAUUUCUCAUUCCAUUCAACAAACUGACUCUUUUUUUUUACACUUUGGUCUUUCUCUCUUCAACGCAUAAUGAAAAAAAAAAGAUAAAGGGGUUUUGUUAUGUCUCCUAUGUAGACAUGUUUUCCUCUGUUGUUGGUACGAUUUGUAUACAUCUUGGCGAUGCUCUCUUAUUUCUACAGCAUCAUCAUCAGCAAGCUGUUUUGACUUUAUCAUCACACUUAUACAUAAGUUGCUCAAGUAGUCCUAAUACCAAUAUAGAUUAUUUUCUGCUGGGGCUUCCAUUAAAGUAGAAGGAAACAAAAUGCAUUAGCCUUAGUAUUUAUUGAGUAAGAUUGUGUGACUUUUUCUGCUUGUGCUGGUAAUGUUUCCAUUCAAAAUUAUAUUCUAGAAAAAAAAAGGAACCUUGUCCAUAAAUGAACAAAUAAAAAAGAAGAAAUACUUUUGUUCUAUAAAGAAUGAUUGGUUAUCAGCACUUCAUGGCAGAUAGUGAUAAUUAGCCUUUAUUUAUUUCACAAUGUGGCUGUAUUUCACAGUGUACAAUACUUACCAGUAUAUAGGCCUACAUAUUUGUAUACAAGUAUUAUGUUGAGGAAUCAGAUCAGGAUUUAAAUCCAUUAUAUAUCUGUAUCUACAAUUAUUACCUUGAACCUUUCAGGGUUUGUGUGAAUUCUUCUGGUCUUGGGAGCUGAAUUAAUUCAUUCUAUGUACCAGUAAGGCUUUACGUCAGCUGAAUAAAUGUCUUUUUUUUAAUGUUGUAAUUUGUAUCAAUUAAUAGAAUUAUGAUUCAAAUAGUUUGCAUAAAUCCCAAAAAUUAAUCAAUUAGUUAAUAAAUUGUUGUAAAAUGUUUUACAUGUUUUGAAUGUUCCUUCAGAGUUGAGGAUAAUUUACUUCCUAGUCCAAACCUCCCGCAGGAUGACUGGGGAUGGCAGCGGGCAGGGUAUGAAAUUGAAUGAUAGUCCAGCAUGCAUACCACACGACCAGGCAGAAAUCCAUGUUGGUGAUAAAUUAUUUUGUCUGAUUUAAAAUAAGGGGAACAAAUGCUACUUAAUGAGAGAUGUGGAUAUAUAUAUAUAUAUAUAUAUAUAUAUAUAUAUAUAUAUAUAUAUAUAUAUAUAUAUAUAUAUAUUUAGUCUCCUUUUUACAUUUUUUCUCCCAUUCUUUGAUCAAAUUGAAAUUUUGCAUAAUUAUUCAUAGUCGACAACAAUGCACAAAUCAAUCCAAAAAUUAAACCAGUUAUCAUUUUCAGAUAGAUAGCAGUAAUUAGCAGUUAUUUCCCCUUAGAUAAGCUUUGAAGUAUUCUUUUUUUCUAUUACUUGUUUUUUCUCAACAUUAUAGUUACACUUUUAUACAUUUUUUUCUGUAUUUGACCUUGUUCUUCAACCAAAGUUAGCUCUAACUUCAUUGUUUAUAUUCUGAUCUCAAUUUUUUUCUAAGUUGAGCCAAGUCUAAGUUGUUUACCAGAACUUACAUUGAAUAAAUACCUUGUAACUAUGGCCAGCAUUAUAACUGCAAUUAUGUUCUCAUUUCUUUUCUAAAAUAACUGACAAUGGUUUCACUACCUCAUUGUUAUAUAAAUCAGUUUCUUUCUAUUUUCAGAAACCUCUAUUACAAAUAUUCUGUUUAUAUUUUGCUUAAGUCCUAGUGCCUUGAUUCAGCAGAAUUAAUUACAAAAUAAUUGAAAUCGAAAUGGCAUUUUAGAGACAAAAUGGAGAAUGAGAGAAAGUAAUUGAAAGCAAAAUGUGGUAUGAAAAUAAACUUUACUGUCACCAAUUAAAUAUUGACUUUAAAAAAAGACAGUAUUAUUAAUGUAUCAAAGUCCAAUCACUUUUACUUUUUAUGGGAGAAAAAAAAUGUAUGUACACUAAAAAGUGCAUAACUAUCAAAGAUGGAGAAUGAUUCAUUUGUAAAAUAAGUAACUACUUUACACAUUAUUUGUGCCUAAAAAAACAAUCUUUAUGUUGUCUCGGAAUACAAUGGAUGCGCCCAGAUGAGUCACUGGUUUUGGUUUCGUCUUGAGAUGGGGCAGAAUCUGGUGUGGCUAAUCAAGCCAAUUCUGGAGCGGCUGAUUUUACCACAGCUUUGUGCGAGUGUAUGCAUUGGUUUUUGGGCUAGGAGAGUUUUCUUUUCCUUUCUCUUAUAUAAGGCAGCUUUGUUUCUUUUUCUCUUGGCGAGGUUUGUACCAGCAUGCAGUCUGUAUCCAUGCAUGUCUUUGGCAAUUUCCUCCCACAUACUUUCAUUGAUAUCCAUGGUUCUCAUGUAUCGCUUGCAGACAUAUCUAUAGGCUAGUCUUGGGCGACCCUUGGGCCUGACUCACUCCACAAGCUCAGCAUAUAAGAUAUCUUUCAGGAAUCUGGCAUGCGGGUGACAUGUCAGAGCAAGCGUAGUCUUCACUGUCUCGGGAGAGCAUAGAUGCUGUGAUAAAUGGCAAAUUUCAAAACAUCCUGAUUGGAGACAUGAUCCCUCCAUGAGAUGCACAUUAUGCGUCUCCUGCAGCGCAAGUGGAAACUUUUAAAUGUAUUUAAAUCAGAUUAAAUAUUUUUUUUUUAAAUUUUGGAAUAGUAUCAUAAUAUUGUGGCUGUGUUAGUUUUAUUUUUUAAAAGCAAGAUUUCUUUACUUAAAUGUACUCCACUAUGUUUAGUGACUGGAUCGACAUUACAAAUAUUUCCCAAACUUCUCAGUGUAACUAAAAUAAAAUUUACUGUCAAUUUAUAAACCAUUUCAA